CUCUAGCCUGAGUUCACACUGAGAUCCUACAUCAUAGGUCCAUAUCCACAACCACACGGCUAUGACUAGGGUACUGAAUCUCAGGAUCUACGGACACAGUUGGACCCGGUAUACAAAAUGACACCAGAAAAGUCAAAGCCGACCAAUCCGUGCGCAGACCUUUAUGCCAUUUGUCCCAAAACUUGGCCUGUAGUUGCUGUUUGACAGCUGGAGUUUUGCUGCUGACAAUCUUUUCUAGCAGCACAAAUAAGUCUUAAUAGAUCUUUCACUCCUUUGCAUGGAUGACCAAAUGCCGUCACCAUCGGACAUUCAAACCGAGGAUUUAGACCCUCUAUCUUGUUUGCACAGACCCAAGGAAGACAAGCUGUCUGCAUAUAAGAAAGGAGUAGAGGCUGUGUCAGAUCUCUCAGACACCAAAGACAAAUCCACUGAGCCUUUAUCAAACAUUGCCAAAAGCCUCUCUCAAGAGAAAAGCACAGGCUCAUCCAGUUAUAACAUGUCAGAGUGUUCACCACUUUGCACCGAGCCUGCAAACCAUGAUGAUUUUAGGGUUUGUAGCUAUGUUGGCUUUUCCGAACCUGUAUUACCUCUUUUACCGCACUUCUCUCAUGACUUUGUUAAACAAGAACCAUCCCUCUCCUUUUCACUCAUUCAACACAAUAGUACACCUAAACCUCUCGGGGUGUCAUCAUCUACUUCUGAGGGUUUAACGGAGCCAUCUCUCACUGAGACUCUCUCCAACUCAGAACACAGUCGAGCUGUUUUCCUAAUAAGGUCAGAAUCACAUCAGUCGGAUAGUUUAGAGAGUGAUACAGCUAUAGCUCCUGUGUCAGACCUUUAUAUUUUUGAAAGUGACACACAAGACUUCAUCUUGAGCCCUAAUCCCCAGGAGAUUCAAUGUCCUGAAUACCACACAUUAUCACAAACUGACUACGAUGCACGUGUCCUGAUUGGUGAUUCAGACCAUGUGGUGACACAAUGCCAUCGUGGUUCUAGUGAGGAACAAGGUAUGGUGGACUAUGAGUCAGACGUGAGCCAACAUGCAAAGCUCAGACCACCUGCCGUGGAUGCCUGUGAGGCAGGCUUGAUGUUGGUAAAUGACGAUAGUCGAGGGAAAGGAGAGGUCACUGAUUUAACCCCCCAACCACAGCGAAGCGACAGCCCUAUCGAGCUGUGGCUGGACGCAUGCCAGUAUCUAGCCGGAGAGUCAGGUUACAACCCUGAUGGUAGCGACGGGAUUGGCUGGUCCAGCGAUGACACCAAAGGUUGGGGUCCACCUGUUGAGAGGUGGUCAUCAGUGGACAGCUGGGCAAGUGCACUCUCAGACUGGGCUGGGAUCAUCGCGGCUCCACCAGAGGACUUCACAGCUGCCUUCACAGAGAUAGGGGCUGAGAUAGACGCUCUGACACAGGCAUUAGCAGAGGUAAAUACACAUAUAGAAAUCGAGACAUCUAAAGAAGGAAAGGGUGAGGAGCCAGCAGCGCAGGCACAAACACAGCCACCCAUGGGUGUCCAGGAACAGCCUAUAGAGGCACAAAACAUCUCAGUAAGCUCUGUCCUCUCCGGGCAGAGCUGCCUCGAGGGCUCCCAGAGCCUUGAAUCCUUGUGUGAUUCGACAGCUACCACACAAGGAGAAAAUGUGCUAGAAGAAAUCCAGAGCAGCCAGGCUGAGCACACUCCAUACCCAACACAUCAGCACUCAUCCAUGGGAUCAUCCGGUGGUACGGUGGUCUCUCCUGGAAGAUACGGUGUAGAUGGGAAACCUGGAUCUACUUCUUCUUCUGAACUGGACCUUUCUCAUUUUGGAGGAUUUGUCGAGUCAGAUAAUUUCAUGAGCAAUGAAGAAGAUCCAAUCAUACUGACUAUAAUAGAGGAUACAGAUUUGGAGGGACAAAAUACACUUGGUGAGCUACUAAUUGAAGAGCCCUUUGGAGAUGAAGUGUGUGAAGUGACAGAUGAACACAGUGUCUCCCGACCAGAUUUAGUGGCCAAGCAAGAAGCUAAAAGGAGGUGUGGGCCAGCUGGGGUUGAUCGUAAAGGAACUGAACCUCCAACAGAUCUUCUUUUUCUUGCCAAACACACUCUGACAAACUCACAGGUUCCAGGUGUGCACACACAACCAGGCCUCCACACACACGUGUUGUCUGACACUUUACCGGACCUUGACGGAGCAUGUCAGGUGGAGCCAGAGUGGGGAGGUCUUAAAUUUAUUAUGCCCUUAGCUCCUCUUGGUAUCGACUCCUCCCUCUUCUGUCGGGCAAGCUGUUUGGAAGGAGAUCAAACAUGUUCCAAAAGGUCUCUCAAUGACGACCGAAACCUUUGUUCUGAUCACGUACAACCUUGUGUUCCCUGGCCAACCUCGGAUGGGAUUACUGAGAAAACAUCUCUGGAAGUUGAUGAGGAUUUGAUUCAUAAAAAGGGAAAUACAACAGAGUCUGCUGGGAAAUCUUCACCCAAGGCACAACUGGACUUUGUCCCUGCAAGGAAAACAAUAGUUGAGGAGAUUCAUGACCUCAGUGGAGCACUAUCAAACUCGGCUGAUGUCCCUGCAGAUCAUUGCAUCAUCUCAGAGAGGAACCGCAUUGCAUUCAUAACUUUAGAUCUAAAUGACCCAUUUGUAUCCAGGGCUCCAAAACCCAUUGCAAAAGCGGUACAAUCUGAGUUGAAUCUAAAAACAGCUGAAAAGAUGCCACACAAAACCCAUAAGUCCACCUCAGAGAACAAAACACGCUCCAAAAAGGACAAAACAGCUGGUCAUCAUUAUGGUGCACAUGUUUCCAAGAAACAGGAGAAUUUAUCUCCCCAUGUUUCAGCCCAGCAAGUCUGCAAACAACAAGAAACCCAUCCUCAUAUUGGGGAGAAUCACACCAGUGAGAACACUCCAGUCAGGCUUGAGGAAAAUGAGGCUAAAUUGGUGAUUGAGACUGGUGUGGCAACUGAGAAGGCACCAAACAAGCCACACGGCAAGAAGAAAAAGAAACAUGCUCCGAAUGCAACAGGAGUGAAAAGUGUGGUUGAGCCACUGGUUGAAGUGGAGAAUGGAGCAAAGCCAAACACUGCAAAAGGAAGGAUUGAUAUGUUUGAGGCCAAGCUGGGUGCUGGGAAGACUCACAAGGACAGUGAUCAGUCAGUUGAGAAAAAGUCCCAGCAACCAGAGGCCAAAGCUAAAGCUUCCCGAGCAGAACAACCUCAGCAUCAAAAAGAUCAUAAAGACCACCAGCUGAAGAACUUCACCAGUCCUAUGAACGACGAUGUUAUCAAAAGACGACGGCUGUCAGAGGAUAAGUUUGGAAAGAUUGUCAGUGUUUUGGAGGCUAAACUUCCGAAGCCAGAAACUUCCAUUCAGACAAAGGGAGAGGAGCCCAAAGUAGAUACCGGGGCAACUCGCAAAAAGGCGUACAGUGAAGUGGUCAAACAGAAAAUCCCACCUAAGGAAGUCCCCAAGGUAGUGCAGCCUAUCCAGGCUGUGUCAGUGAGCGGGGACCCCCAGAGUCUGGGCCUGUGGUGUCAGUUUACUCCUGUCUAUUCCCACCACACUGUCACCUGGAGCAGAGGGGACACUGUCCUGUCUGAGAGCAAGAUAAGUGCAGGGGACGAGAGCAGAGUGUCACUGACCAUCUCCAACGUUUCUCACAACGACUUGGGCAUGUACCAGUGUCGGCUCACUAGUUCACAUGGAUCAGUCACCCUGGACUAUCUGCUCACAUAUGAAGUGCUUAGUGAGAUUGUCAUCCCUCCAUCUCCAAAGACCAUCUCAUCUGCCCCUGUAGAGGUUGGUAGUGAAGAAGAGGAUGUCCACUGUUGCGGGCUGAUUUUCAAAGAGGAUUUUCUAUCUGAUCAACACUUUGGAGAGAACCAACAUGCCAGCAUCCUCACUGAAAAGAUCCACUUUGGGGAGGGGAUGCACCGGCGGGCUUUCCGGACCAAGCUGCAGGCCGGUCAGAUACCUCUGUUACUACCUGGACACUCCUGUGUGCUCAAAGUACACAAUGCUAUCAGCUAUGGGACCAAGAACAAUGACGAGCUCGUUCAGAAAAACUUUUCCUUGGCUGUAGAGGAGUGCCAUGUCCAGAACACAGCAAGAGAGUACAUCAAGGCGUACAACACUGCUGCACAGUCUGUGGAAGCCUUCGGAGAGAUCCCCGAGAUCAUUCCCAUCUACCUGGUUCACCGUCCAUCCAACAACAUCCCGUACGCUACGCUGGAGGAGGAGCUGAUUGGUGACUUUGUCAAAUAUUCGGUCAAGGACGGCAAAGAGAUCAACCUGAAGAGACGCGACUCAGAGGCAGGACAGAAAUGUUGUGCUUUCCAGCACUGGGUGUAUCACAAGACUGAGGGCAACCUGCUGGUUACUGACAUGCAAGGAGUGGGAAUGAGGCUCACUGAUGUGGGAAUAGCCACCUCUAAGAAAGGAUAUAAGGGCUUCAAAGGAAACUGUGCCACCUCCUUCAUCGAACAGUUCAAGGCUUUGCACCAGUGCAACAAAUACUGUGAGAUCCUGGGCCUCAAAUCCAUGCAGCCCAAACCUAAAAAGCAUGCAUCUGCUCCGAAACCCAGACCCCAGCAACCUUCUGCUGCACCCAAGAAGAAAAUAUUUGGGCCAACAGUGAAGGGCAAGUCAUAAUAGGAGGAGAAUCUUGGACUACGGGUGUCAUUUGUAUUGAAAUGGUGAGGGUUUUAAAUAAUUUGCUUGACUCAUGCUGGACCCCAUCAUGCAGAGUUUGGCCUGUCAAGGAGGAAUCAGAAAGGUGUCCAGAGUGUUGCGCUGCAGAAGACCAGAUGAUGGAGAGGACAGAUGUGUUUGACUCUGAAGAGAGCAAUUUUUACACAAGUUUUUGCUUCAUCUUGUGUUGAACAUUUGAGAGAUAUAUAUUUUAUUUUAAUGAGAUCCUUUCUGUACGAGAGUGUAUUUAUGAUUUCGGGGAGGGCACUUUAUUUUUACUUGUGGGAAACUGUAAAUUAUGGUCUGGCUACACCACCCUAUUCUAUUAGGGGUCGGGGGGGGGGGGGGGGGGCGGGGGGGGGGGGGGAGAUCUGGCGUGUUUGUAACUUGCUACUUACUGUUUGUAAAAGAGUACUUAAUAAAUUAAAUAAAUCCAUCUAUCUAUCUACUUCUUUAAACCAAUCAGAGCAGAGAUAGAAAUAAGGGAAGGGAUGUCAGUCUUUAUCCUAGCAACGUACAUCCAUUGAGCCAGACUAGGAAAACUGUGACAAAUUUAACAAACACUUAAAAACGAUGAUGAUAAUAAUGACUUUGUGGACAGUGUUGAACUGUGAUGUCUUAGAGAUUGCAUUUCUGAUGAGAUUUUAUUGUUUUUUCUACUUUGGUGAUGUCUUCAAACCAUUAGUUCAUUAAAUUAAUGAACGUGUUUAUUAAUUGAAUAGAAGAAAUGUCUUCUAAGUAGGUUAUUUGACACGUCUUGUUUUAGAUUCAGUAUGAGUGGGCAAUUUUCAUGUGUAUGGUGUGUGAGGUGACAAAGAUAUAUGAUAAUUGCAUUUUCAGUUUAAUGUUAGAUUAUUCUAAUGUGUUUUUGUCAUUAAGUAAAAGCUAUUGAUGCAGGAUAAGAUGUUUUUUUUUAUUCUGGAAAAAACACAAAUACAUUUUGUACACACACACACACACACACACACACACACACAAAGUAUGCAUUUGAAUGUAUUCACUGACAAAUGUGAAGAUUUAUUGAUUUAUCAUUUCAUUGUCUGGUGCAUUUCUGAUUGUUGAAGUGAUUAUUAAUGGCUGGUGCAUUUCAAGGAUCUAUACGUUACUGGUCCAGCUCCGACUGAGUGAGAGAAAUGUAAAACCAAAUCUGGCAUCCAAAGCCUACUUACACACUUAUGAUCUCAAUCACAUACCAGCUAUUCAAAGGCAGUCUCAAUCCCUGACUCAAAUUGCAGACAUGGUUUUCAGGUUGCAGUAAUGGCCAGUGUGUAAUCACCCACAGUAGAUCUUUGUUAUUAAAGAAAAGUUGCUGGUUCAA